CCCCGCUGUCCCCACCACUGGGGCCGGAGUAACCUCCAUAUCCGCUUCCAUGGCCUCCUCCGCCUCCGCCUCCGUAGCCUCCCCCGUGUCCGCCUCCUCCUCCACUUCCGCCACCGCCACUGUGUCCACCGUCACCGUACCCGCCACCACCGCCAUCUCCGACACUACCACCAGCGGUGUGGGUGCCGUUAAGGGUGGUGGCGACAGGGUGGUAGACCAUGGCCGAGGAACCCCCUGCUCUGCCGCCAGACGCGGUAGCGGCCCUUGACUGAGGCUUCCGAUCUAACAUGGGAGGGGCGGCCUUGACGGGGGCCGGCGCAGGCGGGGGGCAGGAGCGGGCUUAAGGAUUGCCGGGGGAGACGGGCCGCGUGGCGCAGCUGCCUUGGCUGCCUCAGACUGCUGAGGCUUGAAGACGCGCUUGAUUCGGUCUGCGUGAGUGUACCUACCAAUGAGCUUAGCCAUAUUGAUGU